GUGAGCUGCUUUCACGCAAAACGCUGUCAUAAAGCGUCCAAACGCUUAGGAAAACACCGAGCGUAACUCGCGCCACAAAAGUUUGCUGCGGAUUGUGUGUCAUUUUAUAUACAUGUUUGUAGAGCUGUGUUUAGCCAAACGUGUACAAUAUAGCUCCAAGCUUUUGGUGGGAUUUUUUCUCUUGGCUUUGUUAAAUAGCGCUCGUUGUCGCCAAAAACAAUCCGCGCAAGAUGCCACGAAAUACUCGAUCACGCGAAGUGUAUUGUAAAUCAUAUGUGCUUGUUUGGUUGCAAAUUUGACAAGCGUAUGCGUGGCGUUGCGUUUGGCGGGUCUUUUUUUAAACUCGAAAUAUCUUGAAUUCCGAAAAUUUCCUGUAAUAUUGCUUGAAUCUUUAGUUUCAUAAAAAAUAGUGACGCCUGAGAUGAAACUUCAGGGUGAUGCUACAAGAAAAGCAGUUAUUCAAAGACACAAGUCAAUGAAAAAGAACACCAAAGACACUGCGUCGGAUAGAAACUUCACACGAUUGGUGUUAACAAGCUCCGGAAAUAACUCUAAGAGACCAAAGCUCAAGAGAAUUUACUAGAAACAGCUGCUGCAACAAACUUCGAAACAGAUUUGCUUUCACCUACCACCACACAAAAACGAGUCAAAUCUCAGGAAAGUACGCCACAAAGCCAAAAAAUCGCCAAACAAGAACCAAUGAGCGGUGGCGAAAUGAAUGAAUCUGGAAAGGAGAAUGCAUUUUCCGAUCAAAUUCGAAAUCAUCCUACUGAUGAAAAUAGCAAUACUGUCGUAAGAGUCCCAGGCCGAUAUCUGUUAAAACAAUUGUCGAGUUCUUUGAGUCCUAAAAUGACUGAAAUUAAUAUCGAUACGGACCGUCGCGUGAGUCGGUAUGGAAGACAUCAAAAACAAAAAGACAAUUCAGAUUAUGUACCUGUUGAUUUAAUGAAAUAUGUCGGCAGUACACCAUCCAAAUUCAAAACGAAGUCAGAAACUGAUGACCCUAACUCAGUCAAUAAAACAUUGGAGACUAAACCUCAUUCGAGUGAUGAAUUGCGAACAGGAUCCAAUGAUAUUUCACUAUCAUUAACAGUAGUCCCAUUACCACUGAUCGAUGGUUCGAUUAUGAAACGACCUGAGGAGAAACAAUUGCUCAGUAUGGAGGAAAUUAAAAUUGUUGGCAUGGAGGAGCCCUACUAUACGGAUAAAGGCAGCGAUAAUAAUUGCUUUAUGAAUAAUUUGCUUGAACGCAAGACAUCAUCAGAUGCGGACAGCGGAAAAGGGUCUUCAGUCGAUCUUGCUAUCAUAUACAGGGCAGGCAAUUUAUAUUGGGCAGCACAGACAAGAAAGUCGAUCCAUUGGCCAUGCAUUGUCCAUGUCGAUCCGGAAACCGAUCAAAUUACACGAUUGUAUGGCGAUAAAUUUUUGGAAGUUCAUGUGAGUUACUUUGGGGAUAGAGGACGUCGUGCCUGGAUUAAGGAACAUAGCAUUUUACCAUUUGAAGGCGUAGACGAAUAUUGUACCAAUGCUAAGAAUAUGGAGUAUGGCAAGCUCCUAAAAUCAGCUUUAAAGUCGGAAAGAUGGAAAAACGCUUGCAGUAUAGCAGAAAGAUAUAUGACACUAGCAUUGAGUGAACGUAUCGCAAGUUUUGAUCAUGAAGUAAAACUAGAAUUAGCACGACACAAAGUAAUGCGACAUCGUAUGGCGAUUGAAGGUAGAAUCAAAAAUGGAGCAUCGCAGAAAAUGCCAGCAUUGCUACCGUCCGACAAUUCAGAGGUAUUAGAACAUUGGAACAAAAGGGAUCGUUCUUCAUCUCCGGAAAGUCCUGAAUACGAAUUGCUACCAGGCGUGUUUCCAACAAAAAAACAAUCCCAUUAAAAAAAUUAAAUUUUCUCCCAGCAUGCAA